CUGGGUGAAACUGCACCCUUUCAUUAUUUCUUACCCAGAUAUUGUUCUCUCUUCAGAUAACUGGGCCUGAUGGUAAACAGAUUUACAAAGGAGACAGAGAGUCGAGUGGGAAAUACUCCGUGGCUGCACACAUGGACGGAACCUACAGGUUCUGCUUCAGCAACAAGAUGUCCACCAUGACGCCCAAGAUCGUCAUGUUCACCAUCGACAUCGGAGAGGCGCCGAAAGGCCAGGACAUGGAGACGGAAGGUGGUGACAGCUGGGAUGCUCAUCAAAACAAGCUGGAGGAGAUGAUCAACGAGCUCGCCGUCGCUAUGACGGCGGUGAAGCACGAGCAGGAGUACAUGGAGGUCCGUGAGAGGAUACACAGAGCGGUUAACGACAACACAAACAGCAGAGUGGUCCUGUGGUCCUUCUUCGAAGCCCUCGUUCUGGUGGCCAUGACACUCGGACAGAUUUACUACUUGAAGAGAUUUUUUGAAGUGCGACGAGUGGUGUAGUUCCCUCCAUCCAUCCAUCCAUCCCUGUGUGUCCUCCACAGUUUUUUUUUUGUUUGUUUUUUUUCUCCUCCAACACCAAGACAGUUAUUUCCACACUGAGAGACAAGACUGGCCAUUUUGAGAAAAGCCAACACAUGAUUUGAUCUGAUGAAUAUUUUUCGUUGUUGCUGCUCUGUUACCUGCUUAAUUCCCUCUUUAAUUGUAUGUUUGGAAACAUAUGGCCAAAAGAGUCUCCUUGUAGACGUCGGAUUCUUUCAUUCUUUUCUUUCUCUUUUGGGUUUGCCAGGUUUUGGUCGAGGUUUGAUUAAAGUCUAGUUAAGCGCCGGUUUCUCGGCAGGAAAGCAUUCACUGGCGCAAAUGGCCGAGGUUUCUGCAAGCGCAACGCAAGAAAAAUGUCAGAACGCGUGCGCGGAGUCACCACA